GCUGAGAGUAAACAUACUGUAAACAUGGAGCUCCACUGCGCCCUCUACAGUCUAGACGACCGCUGAGACGACAGCUAUUACUGUGUGAAUCUGCGGCUGCUGCUGGUGGUUGAUACGUCCACUUUAACUUCAAAAUGCAUGCUCACGAGAACCGAGAACAGAAAACCAACAUGGUGGAGUGAGGAUGAGACUACCCAGCUCUGUCCUUGUGUCGGUGUCUUUGUUCACGGCCGAGACGACGGCUGCUCUGUAUCUGAGCAGCACUUAUCGCUCCGCUGGCGAUCAGAUUUGGCAGAGCUUCACGCUGCUCUUCACGCUCGUGCCAUCCGUGCUGGUGCAGCUCACACUGAUCUUUAUUCACAGAGACCUGAGCAGAGACAGACCUCUAGUGCUGCUGCUUCAUAUAUUACAACUAGGGCCAAUAAUAAGGUGCUUGGAUGCAUUCUGUAUCUAUGGCAGUGCCGGAAAGGUGGAGGAGCCGUAUGUCACCAUCACCCGUAAGAAGCAGAUGCCCCGGGAAGGGCAGACCGAGGAGGUAGAGCAGGAAGUGGGCCAGGCAGAGGGGAAGUUAGUGACCCACAGGGCUGCUUUCGCCAGGACAUCGGUCAUACAGGCCUUCCUGGGCUCUGCACCCCAGCUCACACUGCAACUCUACAUCUGUGUGCUGCAGAAAGGGGUGUCCAUCGGUAGAGGUACACUGAUGGUCAUUUCCCUUCUCUCGAUUGUAUACGGAGCCCUACGCUGCAAUAUUCUGGCCAUAAAGAUACGCUAUGAUGAUUACGAAGUCUCUGUGCGCCCGUUGGCAUACCUGUGCGUGUUCCUGUGGCGAGGGUUCGAGAUCGCCACACGUGUGGCAGUACUGGUCCUCUUCAGCUCUGUGUUGAAGGUAUGGGUGCUUCCGGUAGUUUCGGCCAACUUCGUCCUGUUCUUUCUGCACCCGUGGGUUCUCUUCUGGAGCAGCCGCUCUCCUUUCCCGGAGAACAUUGAGAAGACGUUGACCCGUGUCGGGACGACUAUUGUCCUUUGCAUGUUGACCUUCUUGUACGCCGGCAUCAACGUAUUCUGCUGGUCCGCUGUUCAGCUUAGAUUGGACGACCCUGAUCUGAUCGAUAAGGGUCAGGCAUGGAGACGCCUCGCUGUGUAUUAUUCCCUCCGUUUUGUCGAGAACAUGGGGCUGACUUUGAUGUGGUACAUCCACCGGACUGAGUUCUACCAAUGGGUGGACGCUCCCGUGUUAGAACUGUCGCUGUUGUUGGGUUAUGCCACAGCUGUUUUUUUUAUGUUGCUCUUUUACCAGUUUUGCCACCCUUGCAGGCAACUCUUCUCAUCCAGUCCAGCCCAAGGCUUUUGGGAAUGCUGUGGAUCCCUCUGCCUGCUUCGUGGGACGAUCUCCCAGCCAGGCUCCACGAGGACCAAGCCACCAGGGAAAGACACUGGAGAUGAUCCACCCUGCAUUACCAAAGGGGACAUUGGUUUGUGCGGCACUGUGUGAGCAAAGCACAGCUCUAUGAAAUAGUUCAACUAAAAAUAACAAUUAUGUAAUAUUUGACUCAUCUUCAUGUCAUGCCUGUAUGACUUUUAUUCUUCUUCAGAAGAAAGGUUUUUUUUUAACUCCAUUGACUUUUAUUGCAUAAACAAAGGCAGUUGUCUUAUAAAACAUCUUCUCUUGCAUUCCAUGGAAGGUAUAAAGCUUUCUUUUGUAGGUGAACUAUCCCCUAUAAAAACACUGUAUGAAGUGCCAUUUAAGGAUCAAAAGGGAGAAAUAAAAUGAAAGUGUUGGAUUUCUGCCUUAAUGGUGGAAUGUAAAAGUCAACGUUUGUUGUACUUUGAGAUGAAUAUAUUUUUUCUUGUUUGGUUUACAAGGCAAAAGAGCCAGCAUGUUCCGCUGAAGUGCAUGUGAAAUUCCCUACCAAGAUGUUACCGCUGCUUUUGUCAUGUGACGUGGGAGCGCUCUGUCCCUCGUUCAGUGUUGGUUUGAUUAAUGUUAUAGCUGUCUGUGUGUAUGGAUUAUUUAAAGCAGAGUUAUUUAAAAGAUUGUAUUUAAGCUUUAUUUUUUUCCAUCACCUUGGGGACAUUGCUUGCUGAAAAAUGUUUGACAACCUCUCAGGUUCAUUAUCAAUACUUUCUUCUAGUUUAUCUUAUUACUCUACUCAUACUGUGUGUAAAACUGUGAAAUUAGUCCUGAUUGAUCAUAUGACAGUGUCCUAUCAUGUGAUAAAAUAUGGCCUAAAUUCAAGCAAUCGCCUCAAAUUGCUUUCAAAAUGUAAGGACAUGUGGAUAGUGAGAAUUGGAGUUGGGUUGCCAGGACCUUCAUAAGCCUGCAAAGAAUGAUUUAAUCGAUUGUUUUUUCUUUCCUUUGUUUACAUUCCUAUUUUGCACUUGUCUCAUCUGGAGACAUCUUUUGUACAUUAUUCUG